CCUCCAGCACAUGCGCAACAAGCGAGAGGCAGAGGUGGAUGUUGAUGACGAGGUCGGGGCGGAUGGCUUCUCUGGAGACAACUCGGUAGGCUCUGAAGGUGGGGCUGCAGAGGAUGAGGAGGAGGAGGAGGAGGAGGAGGAGGAGGAGGAGGAGGAGGAGGAGGAGGAGGAGGAGGAGGAGGUGGAGGAUGAGGAGAAUGAGGAGGAUGAGGAGGAAGGGGAGGAGGAGUAGGAGUAGACUAGGAGUAGGUGUAAUGUG